CCUGGAUUGUGAUUCAGUUCUUCUCUAUCCUGCAUAGCAACAUUAACUGAACAGAUUUCGUUCAUUGGCGCUUACAUUUCUUGUGUGGAGAAACCAAACGUCCAGCAAUGAGGGUGCUCUAUUGCUGCACUGCUUUGCUGCUGCUCAUUUUUAUUCCCAGAGCCUGUAAAGGAGGUAACAUCUUAGUGUUUCCUUCAGAAGGCAGCCACUGGAUGAGGGUGCUCUGCUGCUGCACUGCUUUCCACCUGCUCAUCCGUAUUCCCACAGCCUGUGAAGGAGGCAACAUCUUAGUCUUUCCCUCUGAAGGCAGCCACUGGGUAAACAUGGGCAUUCUACUAAAAGCUUUACACUCCAGAGGACACAACAUCACUGUUUUACGUCCAAGUAACAGCUGGUACUUAAAAGAUGACUCAUCUUAUAAUACCAUUACAGUUCCAGUGGAGAACAUCUUGAUUCAGAAAUUCAUGACAAGAAUUGUGUCUGAGGGCAUACUUUUCGAACGAGGGGCCGUCCCCUUAACGGAUAUUCUUCAAAGGAGUGUAGGGAUGUUCAGCACAAUUCUUGAUGUUUACAAAGCUCUAGCUGAUUUUGUAUCUGCAAUACUAGAUGACAAUGACUUGAUAAGAAAACUGAAAGACAGCAAGUUUGACCUGUUACUUGCUGACCCCUGUUCGGGUGGUGGAGUCAUUCUGGCCAAAUAUUUGAACCUUCCUUUGGUUUAUAAUGUUCGCUGGGUAAUAUUUACGGAGGCUCAUUUUUCCAUAGCUCCAUCACCAUUAUCUUACAUUCCUGUGACUGGAACUGGGAAUACUGACAAGAUGACCUUUUCUCAGAGAGUUAAAAACAUGGUUUUACACAUCAUAACACAAAAAAUAAACAACCUGGUGGCUAAACUAGUAUACCAGAAAAUAACUGAUGAAUAUCUUGGGCCUGGUUAUGAUUUUAAUGAGUUAAUGAUCGAUGCAGACAUUUGGCUGAUGAGAGUGGACUUUGUGUUUGAGUACCCACGUCCCACAAUGCCUAAUGUUGUUUAUAUUGGAGGGUUCCAGUGCAAACCUGCUAAACCUCUGCCUCACCACUUGGAGGACUUUGUGCAGAGUUCUGGAGAGCAUGGCUUCAUCCUCAUGUCUCUGGGGACUUUUAUAACUGAACUUCCCUCUGAUAUGGCAAAUGAGAUCGCUGCAGCUUUUGCUAAACUGCCACAGAAAGUCAUCUGGAAGUAUAAAGGUGACAGACCAGCCACUCUGGGUAAUAACACUUUACUGGUGGACUGGAUGCCACAGAAUGACCUUUUAGGACAUCCAAAAAUAAAAUUAUUUGUGGCACAUGGAGGAACAAAUGGAGUCCAAGAAGCCCUGUAUCACGGAGUCCCAGUUGUAGGCAUAUCCUUUUAUUUUGAUCAGUAUGAUAACCUGCUACGUCUUAAAGAGAGAGGAGGAGCUAAGCUACUUACAUUAACUACAGUGGACAAAGACAACAACUUCCUGAAGGCCAUAGAGGAAGUCCUGAGUGAUCCCUCGUACAGGACGAACAUGCAGAGACUUUCCAGGCUGCACAGAGAUAAGCCAGUAAAGCCACUGGAUAACGCCCUCUUCUGGAUAGAGUUUGUCAUGAGGCACAAAGGAGCAGCUCACCUGAAAGCAGAGUCCUACAGAAUGCCCUGGUAUUCCUACCACUCUGUAGAUGUAGUUUUGUUCCUGUCUGGAGCUAUGCUACUCGUGCUUUUAACCACUUUCUACCUUAUUAGGUGUAUAUACACUGGAAUGUGUAAACGUAAAGUGAAACGUGAGUGAUGGAUGAUUUUAGUAAUGCAUCACUUUGACA